AGUCGUGAAAGUCGUUCACUGUGUGGGGUAGUUGUGUAAGAAGAGAAUUGUUAAGAAUAUAGUGGAUGUGGAAUGGAUGGCCGAAUGUGCUCGGACGAUUCGCGAUAGCUCUCUCUUUUACAUAUCAUUAAUUAAAUAAUCGACAGCAUAAAUCAUUAUCAUCUACAUGACAAAAUGUCGGGACAGGGUUCACAGCGGGUUCCAAAAUCGUCGCCUUGCUCCUCAUCAAAGCAGGGUCCAAUGAGAGCUACACUGCCCAUGUCGUCCCUUUUGAGACAAGGAAGUAAUAUCAGAAAAAGUAAAAGCAACAGCCCUACGUUAUCGCCAACGUCCGCCUGGAAAACGAGAAUAUCACCGGAGGCUUCUUUAUCGGGUCAAAGAAGCCCCGGAUCUUUGAGUUAUAAAGGCAAAUCGAAAACCUUAAAUUCUCGUUCAAGUCAUGGGUUUAGUGGCAAUAACGUCAUUCGACGUACAGCUUCCUUGGACACAAUAUAUUUGAAAGGACAGUGGCCAAAAGAAAGUUUCUACAUGUAUUGUGGCCAUCUCCUGGUAGACAAAGCCACACAGACGGAAGAGUGGACCAGUGAACAAAGAAAGUCAUAUAGGUAUUCAGAAUCUGGAAGUAAUGAAGAUAAAUUAGAGAAAUAUAUAAGGCAUAGGUUGCAAAGAACAAAUAAGGAAGGUACAAGUAGCCGUGAGAGGACUGCUGCUUUUGGUUUGAUCUUGCAACAGAGUACAACAGUACCCCUUAGCGAGCAUGCGCCAACAUUGCUGCCUAGUACGGGUACGAACACCAUGCCUGCCACUGCCACAGUAAAACCAAUAGUGCCUCGGCCCACAAUGAGGAGUUCGAUAGAGGGGCUGAACCAAGAGAUAGAGAGGCUAGUGCUGAAAGCUGGAGGCGGUCCACAGGAUUCUGAAAGGGAAGAGGAGAAGUUGCAGACAUACCAAGCGACACCAGAAGGACACCGAGCGCCACUGGCAGAUCUGCUGAGGUCGACGCGUUCAGUCAACACGCAGACUCCAGCUGGUGGUGAUUUUACAGGGAGUUCUCAAUCGUCAGGACCACCAUCGCGAGAAUCUGUUUCACCCAUGAUCCCUGGGUCAAUGGAUCUGUCAAGGCCUCCAAGUGAUUUCCAAGGUGGCAGUAGAGGAUCAUCUCCAGACCAAGAAACUAGCCGGCUAGGUACUUCACCGCACAUAAACAAGUUCCUCGCAAGGGAGCCCCCCGAUGGCUGUGAAAAAGUAAACCUUAAGUUUAUAGAAGAUACAAGGCCAAUGAUAGACUUAACAAAAAUGGAUUACUGCCCCCUGAAGCCCUGUGUUACUUUCGAGCUGAAACCGAGUCUGGGCUCAGCUUUCUACCCACCACAGCAGCAACGUGCUGAUAAUGCGAAUGGAGAUAACAGUCCAGCAGUAGCACCAACUACUGAAGAUAUGAGUGAGGCUGACAGUUCAGCUGCUGGGCCCAGUGACAUCACUGAUGCUGCUCCAGUGCCUGCAGCAUGCUCGUCAGACGAUACAGCACCAGAAUCGGCGUCUGCACCUGUUGCAACGGACACUGUCUAGGCAGAUGACAUUUGAGCAUUUGGAGCGGUCCUCUGCCCGCUCGACACUUUUCCCAAGCAUAUCUCCCAAGAGUAACCCUUCAGCAUGCAAGCAUAAUUAUCAAAUUGUUAGAUGACGGUCCAAGAUGGAUCUCGCUUUCUGUUAGAAAACCAGUUUUUUAAACCAGGAAAUGUGAAAAUUGUCUUAGAGCACUUGAUGUACAUGAUACAGACUUUGGAAGGAGUGUACAAAUCCACUUCUAUUAUUAACUGGCAUUCCAGUUCAUUGGUCAAAUUAUGGCGUGUGCAGACAGUUUCUUCACGCAAUUUAAGUUUUGAGAAUUUAUUUUUUAUAUUGCUUUCUGUGUGCUAGUGUGUUUGAUCAUCUUCAGCUGUUACGGUUCAUCAAAUAUCCUUUUAGCUGGUAUUGCUGCUGCAGUUUUGGUUUGUGCCCUUCGAUUUCCAUGUUGUUACAUUCCCACAGACGACUUUUGCUUUUGUGAAUGGUAUUGCAGCAGCAUGUUACAGGAUGAGUGCCUUAUGAAUGAAGUUGUUUGCAUUUAACUGCAAAGCUUGUGCUUCAUUUAUGUGUAUAAAAUGUGUGUGUGUGUACAUAAUGACAGACUGGAACUGGAACUUCAGUUGGUAAUAUGAAGCUGGACAUUUCAAGGGAUUUCUCAUUUUGUGUGAUGGCAGUGAGCUUACUGUUGGCUUAAGUUUUUUUGAUGAUGUGUGAGAAUUUUUUGUGGGAGUGAAUAAUAAUGAUUUGACAUGAAAA